AUGAUAGAGUAUUUAAGGAGCUGGUGGAAUGGUGGUCAGCCACUGUUUUACUUUGAAACUGCUGAGAAUCUAGAUCAGUUCAUUGAGAAUAACCUACAGCCCCAAGAAAAGCAUUUACAGCAGAUUGACAAGAACAUUGACCGCAUCUGUGAGUUCUUGGAGAAACAGCAGUUUCAAAAUGAAGGUGGGUCCUAUGGCAGAGACACUGUUCUCAAAGGUCCCUCCGAUGGUACCCUGGUCAUCUUCUUUAGCAAACAAUUUGCAGACUACACUGCCCAGACGAAAAGAAUCAAGGGAGUGCUGGAAGGGUGGAAGCCAAUGGCGACAAGGAAGGUCAAGAUGUUGGAGGAUAAACUCCAGCUGGAGCUCACAGAGUCAGAGUUAUGCAUUACAUUUGAUGUGCUCCCCAUCUUCAGUGCCCAGGUUGAACCAAGUGGCUGUCACACCUGCAUAUCAGUCUCAAACUAUAAACCAAGCCAUGAAACUUACCAGAAACUGAUAAAUCCAGGGAACUCCACUCCCGAAUCAUCAAUCUGCUUUACAGAACUACAAGGGAGUUUUUUCAAUACUUACCCCCCAAAACUGAAGCGCCUAAUACUCAUAAUGAAGCACUGGUAUCAGUGGUGCCAAAAGAAACUGAAACAGGACUCCUUCCCCCUACAAUAUGCUCUGGAGCUGCUAACAAUCUAUGCCUGGGAGCAGGGGAGUGGAGCCGACGAUUUCCACAUGGCUGAAGGCAUCCUAACAGUCCUGGGGCUGAUUGCAAAGUACAGUGAGCUCUGUAUAUACUGGACAGUCAAUUACAACUUUGAGGAUGAGACCAUCAGGAAAUACUUGCAGUGCCAGCUCCGAAAAAACAGGCCAAUCAUUCUAGAUCCAGCAGACCCAACGAAUAACGUCAGUAGAAGUGAUUUUGGAGAGUGGGAACAGCUGGUUGAAGAGGCAAAAACCUGGUUAUCUUUUUUUGAAAGGGAGAAUCCUUCAUCUUGGAUGGCCUGGGAUGUACUGCCAGCAUCUCUUUAUGUAACUCAAGGCCAUAAGCUUGAUAAGUUCAUCAAGGAUUUUCUUGAACCUAAUAAAGAAUUCCUGGAUCAAAUUAACACAGCUGUGAAUGUCAUCUGUGAGUUCUUGAAGGAAAAAUGCUUCCAAAAUUCAACCACGAAAGUUGAAAAAGUUGUCAAGGGUGGAUCCACUGCCAAAGGCACAACUCUGAGAAGUAUCUCUGACCCUGACUGGAGCCUGCACCCAAGAGGCUCUGAUGCAGACUUGGUUGUCUUCCUCAGCUGUUUCAAAAACUACAGUGAUCAAAAUGCCAACAGGGCUACUAUCAUCAAGGAAAUUCAGAAGCAGCUAGAAGUCUGCCAACAGACAGCUCAGUUUGAAGUUGAGUUUGAGGUCACAAAAUGGAAGAACCCACGAGUGCUCAGCUUCACCCUGAAAUCUAAACUUUUCAACCAGAGGCAAGAAUUUGAUUUGCUGCCGGCCUUCAAUGCCUUGGGUCAAUGGAAUUCAAAAGAUAGAAAACCAAACCCCAAUGUCUAUAUCAAUCUCAUCAAACUAUAUCAAUCAUCUGGUUCCAACAAUGGGGGUGAAUUCUCCACCUGUUUCACAGAACUGCAAAAAGACUUCAUCAUCUCUCGUCCUUGGGCAAUAGAGAGUCUUAUCCGCCUGAUAAAGCACUGGUACAGACAGUGUCACAGGAAACUCAAGAAGAAAGGGUCCCUUCCUCCAAAGUAUGCCCUGGAACUUCUGACAGUCUAUGCCUGGGAGCAAGGUAGUGGGAUGACAGAUUUUGACACAGCUGAAGGCUUCCUGACAGUCCUGAAGUUAAUUAUGCAGUACAGAGAGCUCUGUGUCUUCUGGAUAGUCUACUAUGAUUUUUGGAAUGAAAUCAUCAGGGAUUUCCUAUUGACUCAGCUCAAGAAACCCAGGCCUGUGAUCCUGGAUCCAGCUGACCCCACUGGAGAUGUAGGUGGAGGAGACCGCUGGUGCUGGCACCUCCUGGCCCAUGAAGCUGAAAUCUGGUUGUCUUCUCUCUGCUUCAAGACUGGAGACUUUGAUCCUGUAGAACCCUGGCCAGUGCCGGCAGUCCAGACUCCAGGAAGCAGAGGGCUUAGGUUGUUUCCCAUAGUCAAGCCUACGUUCAUCAAUACAAUUGUUUGGAAAGUCAAAGAUUCCAAGAGAAUCUCGCUAGCAGACAGCCUCCUGACUUCCCUGGAGCUGUUCCGAUCGCCACCCAUUCCCCUUGUCCCCUCUCUCGGGGUUUCUCCCUUGCUCUCCCCUUUGAGCAGCCGCGGUUGCCUUCCAGCCCUCGGAUCUGGGCGCCUGUCCGUCCUGGGAGAAGCGAGCUUGGUGCGGGUUUGGCCAAGGGAAGAGCCCUCCUCCCUCAGGAUCACCACCCCCACUCCCCGACACCCGGGCUUCGGGGAGUCUAGGAGCCCAGGGACAGGGCCUCCAACCCCGGGGGCCAACGGCCUCGGCGAUCAGUGGAGAAAGAGGAGGAGAGAGGGAGAGCUAGAGUCGGAGCGAGGAGCUCUCCCCCAGACGGUCAGGCCGUCCAUCCUGGCUGGGCCCAGAGACCCCUGCGCUGAAGCGGGGGCGGGGAAGAGGGAGCUUCGGGUCCCCACUCUUGGGCCUGGAGUACCAGCCUCCAGGUGCUUCCGCCCCCCCCCCCGCCCAGCUUUUGGGAAGGACCCCUUUAAGCGCCCUCUCCUGUCGCGAUCGCCAGUGGGCUGGGGAAUCGCCGCUGCUCCCCCGUGA